CUCAUCUCGCUUUUAUCGGAUUCGUAACGUCAAAAUUAGUUAAGUUGCUAUAAAAAUCCUUCCAAUAAAAAAUAUGGAAAAUGAAAUAGAAGAUGUUCCGAACCACGAUACAACAGCAUCGGAGAACGACCAGUUAGAGUCGUUGGAAUCGAUUUCAGACGCUUCUCCUGCGGAACUUCCGCUGGAAUCCGAAACACAACUUCCGUCUUCACAAUCAAAAUCACAACAAGUGACUACCGUGAACGAUGUGCUAACCGAAGUGCGACCAUCGUUCAAUUUAAUAAACAAACUAAACAACGGAUCCCCGAACGCUUUUGAGGGGGAAGCUGAUCAGUGUGAGCAGGAGCCACCAGCGAUUGCUGAGCUGGAACCACCCUUCAAGAAAAACCGCCGAGUCCAGGUACCCUCGAGUGAUAUUACCCGAGGCAUUUCGAGUAUUGAACCCUCCCCUAAGAAACCCCUGAAAAAGAAACUGCACGAUCCGACACCUCAAAAGAUUGGGAUUCUAGUAGGAAUUCCGUGCCGAAGAAGACCUUCGAAGGGUUUAAGCAGCCCAGAAGAUGCCCAACUGGACAUCAUCAAGCACUUUGCUCUGGUGUUUCUGUUUUCGCGCCUCAAAAACCCCUCCAAAUGGGACGUAAAAACCUUCGAGGAAAUCAAAGCCCUCGGUGAUAACAUAAGCUCCGCGCUGGUUAUGUCAAAAUUUUCCGUACCUUACGAGGAAAAAAUCUAUCACUUAUUACUGACUGGUACGAUAGCCAAGGGACGGAUAAGGUCGACGAAUGCACCACCGCCGAACUUCAAGAACGCCUUGAUCGAACACAUCUCCGGCUACAGUGGGCUCGUAUUAAAGUGCGAGACCCACUAUUUGAUCACGUGGAGAACUGCCGAAGGGUACUAUCUGUACGAUCCCUGCAUCCGUGACACUUCCCAGUUGGCGUUUUUUAACAGUCUCAAAAUGAUGAUGCAGUUUAUUCUAGAAGUGAAACAGCUGAACGAUCGAUCUAAAUUCUACAUGUCCAAAAUAUCGAUAGCUUCCGUUGAAGAAGACAAUGUUGUGACGCUGAAGCGCCGGUCCCGAACUGCAAGUCGGUUUUUAAUACUGAGCGAAAAUAAAGCGCUUCUGAUGGGAGAUAAAUAUUUAAAAGAUCCCAGCUUUCGGUUGGAAUCGUUGCGAAUAUCCCUAAAUGCUAUUGACUGCUCGCGGAAACUUGAGACGCGUUCGUGGGAUGCGACAGUUUUGAACGGUCUCUUCGGAGGGAAAAUGACGGAUAAGGUUAUCAACAAACUGGGAAUAUUUUUUAACGAAGAGGAUGGAUCCGAGCACUGUUUUCUACUGGAGCAGUCGAGGCUGAUUCGGAUGGACGUUGCCUUUGGCAGUACACAACGGGAAGAAUUCGAACAACUGAUUAAUCGAUUGUUGGCUAUCCGUAUAGCAGUGGUUUUGAAGAUCGAGGAAGCUUGCGUAGCAAUAUGGAGCAGCGAAAACAUCAUUUAUUGGUUUUGCCCUCUCCGCUACGACGAGCUAGAAUUGGACCCUUUGGAACUGGAAGAUAAAGCCUGUUUCCUCUAUGCCUUCGAUUCGUUACCCUGCCUAUCCAGUGUUCUGUUCAGCUACUUGACAGAAUCGAGAUUACUUCCCCGUCACUCGAUCCGGGUGCUGGCCGUGGACAGUGAACCGUUUGGCCCGAGCCCGCGAGUUCCGCUGGUUGAUAGCAGCGAUUCUUUGAACCGGAGCGAGCUGGAAAUACACAUCGCCGACGGGAUACGCAAGAGGAUACUUAUUUCGGAUGAAGAUUUCCCGGUGUUGACGCUUUCCGAAGCGAAAUUGUGCCGAAUUAUGCUGCGCGACAUCGUACAGGAAGCCGAGCGAAAAUGCGACUAAAUUAAAAUCGAAGCGGAAACUUUUGAACGGUGUUUUAUAUGUGCAUGAGAUUCUAAAAUAAGAAGAAGUGGAGAUGUUUUGACUUUCACGCUUCUCAUGUUCGGUUUUAUCUUGCCUGGAGUGGUAGCGAAAGUUUGAAGUGUUCUUUUUGAGCGUUUUCUUUGCUUUCGUUUGAAGGCUUGGCCUGUCACCAAUGGCCACUAUAGCUAGCGUCGCGUUUAUUUUAAUGAAUAUA